AGACGGCUCAGAUCACAUCACAUUCUCUCCCACUCAAACUUAUCCGCUUCGCAUGUCGGCGCUACCCUUUUAAUUUGCUAAACAGCCCCUCCUUUUCUACUCAAUUACAUUCUAGCCCCAUAAAAAUAUUUCUCACAACAUAUUUAACCGAAAAAAUAACCGUCAAAAUAUCGACACGUAAAAAAUAAAAACAAAAAUACAUAUUUUCUCUUUAAAAAGAAAAACAAAAAACAGAGAACGAGAAAGAAAGAAAGAGAGAGAAAGCUCUGAAAAAGCGGGAACCAUCUCCGGCGCCGGCAAUAUCAAUAUCUUCUCCUCCGUUGAGUAAUUAGGGCUUUCAAAUACACCAUUUCCGAUUCUUUUGCCUCACCCCAAAAAUAUAGUUACUAAAAAUAAUCAGAGAGAAUCCGCAUAGAUCGGGAGAUUUUUCUCUCUAUCUGAAAAUAUUAUUAUUAUUAUUAUUAUUAUUUUCCUUUUUUCUCUGUUAGUUUACAUUCAAAUCAAUCGAAGAAGAAGAAGAAGAAGAGGCUUUGCUCUGUUUCUCUCUUACUCUGUUUUUUGUUUUUUAAAGAGAGAGAGAAAAAUGGAACAGAAAGGUUAUUUGUUAUCGGCGUUGAGUGUUGGGGUAGGAGUUGGAGUUGGGCUUGGGCUUGUAUCGGGCCAGAGCGUCAGUAAAUGGGCCGGGAAUUUACCGCCCAAUGCUAUAACCAUUGAAAAAAUGGAACAAGAGAUGUUGAGGAUGAUGAUCCAUCAUGGCACAGAAGAAACUAAAGAUCAAGUCACUUUUGAUGAUUUUCCAUAUUAUCUCAGUGAACAGACAAGAGUACUACUAACAAGUGCAGCAUAUGUACAUCUCAAACACGCAGAGGUUUCUAAGUACACUCGAAACCUUUCUCCUGCUAGUCGAGCUAUUUUGCUUUCUGGCCCUGCUGAACUUUACCAACAAAUGCUGGCCAAGGCUUUGGCUCAUUACUUUGAAGCCAAGUUGUUGUUGUUGGAUGUAACAGAUUUUUCAUUAAAGAUUCAGAGCAAGUAUGGUGGUUCAAACAAUGGAUCAUGUUUUAAAAGGUCAACUUCUGAGUCAACCUUAGAGCGAUUGUCAGGCUUAUUUGGUUCAUUUUCUGGGCUUCAACAAAGGGAUGAACCCCAAUUUUCAGGUGGUACAUUAAGAAGGCAGAGUAGUGGUGUUGAAAUAAGAUCAAGAGGAAUAGAAGGUAAUAAUACUCUUCCCAAGCUUAGGAGAAAUGCCUCUGCAGCUGCUAAUAUCAGUAACAUUGGUUCUCACUCCAAUCAAAAUCAAGUCGGCCCUCUUAGGCGCGAAAGCAGCUGGUGCUUCGACGAAAAGCUCCUUAUUCAAUCUCUCUACAGAGUUUUGGUUUCGGUUUCGAAAACCGGUCCCAUUGUGUUGUACCUUAGAGAUGUGGAGAAGUUUUUAUGCAGAUCACAAAGAAUAUACAACUUAUUUCAGAAAAUGUUGAACAAACUCACUGGAUCAGUUUUAAUUCUUGGGUCUCAAGUUUAUGAUCCUAAAGAUGAAUACAGAGAAUUAGAUGAGAAGAUUUCUGCUCUUUUUACUUACACAAUUGAGAUAAGACCACCUGAAGAUGAAUCCCAAAAUGUUAGUUGGAAAUCUAAAUUGGAAGAAGAUAUGAGAAUGAUUCAAGUUAAGGAUAACAGAAAUCAUAUCAUGGAAGUUCUCUCAGCUAAUGAUCUUGAUUGUGAUGAUUUGGAUUCAAUUUGUAUUGAAGACACAAUGGUUUUGAGUAAUUAUAUUGAAGAGAUUGUUGUGUCUGCAAUUUCUUAUCACUUGAUGAACAACAAGAAUCCUGAGUAUAGAAAUGGAAAACUCAUUAUUUCUUCCAAAAGUUUGUCACAUGGAUUGAGUAUAUUCCAAGAAGGAAAAUUUGAUGGUAAAGACACAAUGAAACUUGAAGUUAAGGCUGACUCAUCUAAGAAAGAAGAAAAGAAAAAGGCUGUUAAAGAGAAGCCAGAAGCAAAACCCGAAGUCACUGCUCCUGAAAACAAAUCAGGAGCAGAGACGUUAUCAGCAGCAGCAAUUUCCGCGACAAAGAAAGAUGCUGCUGAUAAUUCAAUUCCAGCACCAGUAAAAACUCCUGAAGUAGCACCUGACAAUGAAUUUGAGAAGAGAAUAAGGCCAGAGGUAAUACCAGCUAGUGAAAUUGGUGUGACAUUUUCUGAUAUUGGUGCAUUAGAUGAGAUCAAAGAAUCACUUCAAGAAUUAGUAAUGCUUCCACUAAGAAGACCUGACCUUUUCAAUGGAGGACUAUUGAAGCCUUGUAGAGGAAUAUUACUAUUUGGGCCACCUGGAACUGGUAAGACAAUGAUGGCAAAGGCCAUAGCUAAAGAAGCUGGAGCAAGUUUCAUCAAUGUUUCCAUGUCUACCAUAACAUCGAAAUGGUUCGGUGAGGAUGAGAAGAAUGUUAGAGCUCUUUUCACUUUGGCGGCCAAGGUUUCGCCUACUAUUAUCUUUGUUGAUGAGGUUGAUAGCAUGCUUGGACAGAGGUCUAGAGCCGGGGAACAUGAAGCGAUGCGGAAGAUCAAGAACGAGUUUAUGACACAUUGGGACGGGUUAUUGACGAAACCCGGUGAAAGGAUUCUUGUUCUUGCUGCUACUAAUAGGCCUUUUGAUCUUGAUGAAGCUAUUAUCAGGCGUUUCGAAAGAAGAAUAUUGGUGGGGCUUCCAUCAAUGGAUAACAGAGAAAUGAUCUUAAAAACUCUACUUGCAAAAGAGAAAAUAGAAGAAAGAUUAAACUACAAGGAACUUGCAACCAUGACAGAAGGCUAUAGUGGAAGUGAUCUUAAGAAUUUGUGCACAACAGCAGCAUAUAGGCCUGUAAGGGAAUUAAUACAACAAGAAAGAUUGAAAGAUUUGGAAAAAAAACAGAAACCUUUGGCAUCAUCAGAAACUGUUAGUAGUUCAGAAAAAAUCGAAAAACCCGAAAGUGGUAAAGAAGAAACAGGUAUAAUUUUAAGGCCUUUAAACAUGGAGGAUUUCAGGGUAGCAAAGAAUCAGGUGGCUGCAAGUUUUGCAGCAGAGGGGUCUGUAAUGAAUGAGUUGAAGCAAUGGAAUGAGCUAUAUGGGGAAGGAGGGUCAAGAAAGAAAGAACAGUUAACUUAUUUUCUAUGAAUGUGCUUUUUUCUUUGUUAACUUUUUUUUGGUAUUGAAAAUAAACUUGUUCAUGGAGAGAAAACAAAUUAUGAGAUGAAUUAGUUCUAACUUUGAUACCAGGAAAGGAAUGAUGAUAUAUAUAGUAAGUAAAAUUAUAUAUUGUUGUGUAAUAAUAUUGUAAUAUAGUUUUUAUAGGUGAAACUACUUUAGGUAUAUGUUAUAUGUAUAAUAUAUUUUUCAGAUAUGGGAAAAUAAGAGUGAGAAGCAAAGCACUUUUAUAAGAAAAUGAAUUUUAUUUAUUUAUUUAUCA